AUGCCCACAGACCUCCUCGACCUAUUCCUCAAGGGAGACGACGGCGACGAUGACCACCAACCCGACUACAGCGUCAUCUCCGGCGCUUCCAACCCGCGCGCAACGACUAUCCAGAUCCUGCUGUCCCUCGCCCUCGGUGUCGGCGCAUUCCUCGCCUUCUGCAUACUCAGACCACGCUGGCCCGGCCUGUAUGCGGCGAGGAAGAAGCAGAAAUGUGAGGCAACUGUGUUACCAGAGCUGCCAGACACCUUGUUUGGAUGGAUAAUGCCACUGUGGAGGAUCAACGACCAGCAGCUGCUUGCGUCGGCGGGUCUCGAUGCAUAUGUCUUCCUGGCCUUCUUCAAAAUGGCCAUGAAGUUCCUGAUCAUGACAUUGUUCUUCUCGUUGAUUGUGAUCAAGCCGGUGCAUGAUGCCUACCCGGAUAACGAUGACGACGACGAUGACGGUGGGCAUAACGAGACGGAUGCGAAGGCAGCACUGGUACGGACGGGCCUCAAGCGCUCGAUUAGUCUAAUGUAUGCGGCGAACAAUGGAUCGCGAAACGACACUUCUCCAUAUGUACCUCUGUGGCCAGGCAACUUGGAGACCGAUUACCUGUGGAUGUAUGUGGUCUUCGCAUAUCUCUUCUCUGCCAUUGCCGUCUACCUCAUCAUCUCAACGACGAGAAGAGUGAUUGAGGUGCGACAAGAGUAUUUGGGGGCACAAACAACGGUUACCGAUCGGACCAUCAGGCUUUCGGGUAUUCCAAAACAUCUGCAAGAUGAGGACAAGAUCAAGGAAUUCAUUGAGGACUUGGACAUUGGCAAAGUUGAGAAUGUCGUGCUUUGCCGGAAUUGGAAGGAGCUGGACAAGGCGAUGAAGGCUCGAAUGGAUAUACUGCGGCGACUGGAGGAGGCAUACACAAUUUAUCACGGAUAUCGCAGGGUGGAGCGAAACCACGAGACAUUACCCAUCUCCCAGCCUCCGCCUCCGGCGCCUCAUGUGGAAGCAGUUAAUGAAGGGGACGAAACGGCAACACUGAUCGGAGCAAAUGGAGAUCACGUUCGACCUUACGCCAAGGCGAGACCACAAGCGACCAUUGGCCAUGGAUUCUUAGGCUUCAAAAGACAAAGGGUGGAUGCCAUUGAUUACUAUGAGGAGAAACUGAGAAAAGCGGACGAACAACUCAAGCAGCUGCGCGCAAAGGAAUAUCCUCCGAUGCCAUUAGCAUUUGUAACAUUAGACUCGGUCGCGGCGUGUCAGAUGGCGAUGCAAGCAGUACUGGAUCCGUCUCCUUUGCAAUUGAUCGCGAACCAAAGUCCGGAACCGGCGGAUGUCAUCUGGCCAAACACUUACCUGACACGACGAAAUCGUAUGGUCCGCGCCUGGAUGAUCACCGCACUGAUCAUCCUUCUCACAGUUUUCUGGUCUGCUAUCCUCGUCCCCAUCGCCGGUCUCUUGAACGUCACGACCAUUGCAAAGGUGUUUCCAGGACUGGCUAAUAUCCUCAAGAACCAUGCAAACAUCAGAGCACUCAUCAACACCCAGUUGCCAACCCUGAUCUCAUCGCUUCUGGUUGUCUUGGUUCCAUAUCUUUACUACUACCUUUCAUGGUUCCAAGGAAUGAUCUCGCAGGGCGACAUCGAACUGUCGGCCAUCUCGAAGAAUUUCUUCUUCGUAUUCUUCAACUUCUUUAUCAUCUUUACCGUCCUCGGAACGGCGUCGAACUUCCUCGAGAUCUUCGACAAGUUUGGCGAAGCGAUCCGAGAUAUUCAGAACGUGGCUCGGGCUGUUGCGCUCUCACUGCAGACGCAGCUUCCGUUCUACACCAAUCUUGUAAUCCUACAGGGUGUCGGCCUGUUCCCACUGCGCUUGCUGGAGGUUGGCAGCGUUUCGCUUUACCCCAUCAUGCUUCUCGGAGCCAAGACGCCUCGCGACUACGCCGAACUUGUACAGCCACCAACGUUCUGCUACGGCUUCUACCUACCAAACGCCCUUCUCAUAUUCAUCAUAUGCAUGGUCUACAGUGUGAUUCGGAAUUCUUGGCAAGUGCUUCUUGCCGGCUUCCUGUACUUUGCUCUUGGUAAGCUUCAAACCGCACCGUUCCGUUGUAUCCAUUCUAACUCACGUCUUUUCUCUAGGCCACUUCUGCUACAAGUACCAGCUGCUCUACGCCAUGGACCACCGUCAGCAGACCUCCGGCCGAGCCUGGGGCAUGAUCUGCGACCGCAUCUUCGUCGGCCUCAUCUUCUUCCAACUCACCACCGCAGGCCAACUCAUCCUCCAGAAAGCCUUUGCCCGCGCAGCCCUGGUCGUCCCGCUUACCAUCGCCACCUUCUGGAUCUCCAUCGUCUACGGAAAAACUUACAAACCUCUGAUGAAAUUCAUCGCGCUCUCGAGCGUACGCAGAGGAGAGCAUCAGAGUGAACAAGACGGCUACAGGGAUGAUCCAAAUCCGGAGGAGAGCUAUGCGCCGAGUCUGAGUAGCACGAACUUGGCCCCGGAACGGAACGUGUGGGGCAACAAUUCCGAAGUCGUCAGGAGGGUGAGGAGGGAGGUCGGGGAACAGAUGAGGUUCAUCAAUCCUAGUCUUGUUGCGCCGCUGGGCAAGGUAUGGAUUGCGGGGAGCAAGGAUACGGAUGGCAUUGCGAGGAAUCGAAAUGCCAGUCCGGAAGUCGUCGAAGAAGAACAUGGUGGGGAGGGGAGAGAGGAGGAUGUAUAG